AUGUCAGCGCUAGGUGGACUAAGUACAGCGGGAACAUGCAACGUCUCCUGCGCCGGUGGGAACGCUUGUGGGGGGAAGGUUGGCGUCGGCAUCAGUGCUCUGCUACAAGAUCCUCAACCUUUGCCCUCAACCAUCACCAUAUCUUCCCCCAACGCCACCUUCAUCAAACUUUUCUCGACUGUGGGCGUCACGGUGAACAGUUCAGGUCGCUUCUACACGGACUGGGGAGACGGUGCUAUUUCGCUCCUCGGCUUCCAGCAACACGUCUAUGACAUGGCCGGACGCUUCAAUAUUACAGCUCGCCUGCACGACACCGACGCAGUCUCGGCGACUUCAAAAGAGGUGGUCGUCGUGGACGCAAUUAUGCCGUUCUCGAUGCAGUGCCCCGCAGCUCUGGAAGUCGGUGUGGCUACAGGAUGCAAUGUCACUCUUCUUCAAGGAUAUAACUACACUUUCUCGGCCACAAUAAAAUCUCCGUACCAGGAGCAAACUUUUGCCGGAACUGUACCAGAUGCUGUGAUGGACAUGUACGGAUGGACCGUACACCCACAAAACUCUACGGGCUACACAAACCUAACCUACAACGGCAAGGACAUCGUGCUGCUCAGGAACAGUUUGGCGGUACAGUAA